CUUUAUGCAAAUGUGGACCUCAUUCAAGAGAGAGUUGUUGCUGCUCACAUCAGCGACGAAUUACUACCUGCGCUGACAUUGGCGUGAACACAGACAGCCGAUUCUGUCACGCAUUGGAUUUAGUAUUCGUGUAGAACCCACAAUUUCAUUUCUUGAAAUUACUGCGGAAGAGAAAACAAGCCAAUUCUGAAUAUCUAGAAACGAGUAAGUGUAAGCUGGAAACGCAGGCGCCGACUAUGCUCGAGCAGCUUUCGGGGGCGCUAACGACGGAGGAGACAAAACCUUUGACGGAACGUUUCUUAUCACCGGCUGCUACUUCAUCAUCGGUAUCACACAUGCUGCUUCCUAAUUAUAAUACUAAGUCGAGUGACCUACGGGAAGAUCAAAUGAGCGAAGGGCGGAGACUCUCAGCCGACAACACCCCCAAUAAAUACCGUAAAUCUAAAAUGCGGAUAAGUAAAAGCGUGGAUUAUGAACGGUUGCCGCAAGACGAUCCGAGUAACUCGCCGCCGUGUGAAGUGAAGAACCGAAGCCAAAGCACUUAUUUUGAUGUGAGAAGCGAAUCACCACAGAAAACUUUAUUCAAUGAAAAACAGCAAAAAAGGCCAAGUCUUGGUAGGAAAUCACCGCGAUCGCCAUCAGAAAGUGGAGAAAUGUAUCGUAAGUUAAGUGGACUAUUACCUUCCGAGGCUGACCCUCUACGCCAACAAGUAACACCUCCAAUUCCUGCAUUACCUGACAAAAAAACUGAAACAAGGGCCACGUCGCUGAGACCAAGGCAUCCAACGAAAAAACUCCUUCGAACUAGUAGCGAGUCAGCCAUACAAGUUAAUCGGUUCAGUCGACAGAAAACAAUCAGCUGCUCGCGACCACAGGCCGAGGGAAUUGUAUGUUCAAAUGACGAUCUGCAGCAUAUCUUAAAACUUGCCAAAAAUCACAAAAGGGAUACGAAAAAGGAGCCAACUAAACGACCAGUUUCGUCAAUUGGGAGGCUCAUGAGCCUACCAGAAUUUAUUCCUAACCCUGGAGGAAAAGAAAAUGUCAACGGUCGCCGGCAAUUAGCGAAUUUUGAGCGUGUUGGCCGCAGCGCCGAAGCACCAGCCGCAACGGGAAAUUUGUUAUCAUCGCCUAGUCUCUCACCGGUUUCAAGUCUGAGCAGCCACUCAUCGUCAACGUCCUCGACUAUCAUGAACAAGUCGAAUCCGCUGACACACGUCUUAACCAGUUCGUCCACUGAGCACAUAUUUCCUAAUGUAAUAUAUGAAGGUAACUAUGAAAGCGAGGAGGAAAUGCCAGAGUUUGAAUUAAAGCCAAUUUCAGAAGUAGUGGAUGUUGAACACGAGAAUAUAGAGACUGAAACAGAGGCAUGUGAAACCACCCUCAGUGAAACAUCGGCCGCGAAAUCAUCUGUCGACGACGCGGCAGAUAUGGCGACUGAUCUCAGCAGCAUAUUGUCAGCAUUCAAUCCCGAACUGCUAGGCAAAGCUAUUGAAGCUAGACUGGCGGUUGAAAUUCAACAACGUGAUUCGGACGAUAGCGACGAAGAUAGUGCGGCGGAAAGCAAGAAAUUACCCCGAUCCAAAAAAUGUCAACGAGGUGGGGAGACAUGGGUGCCAAACCAGGAACAACAAGGAAGCAAAUGGCAGAGUCUUUUAUCAAAACUAAACUUACGUAAAAAAGAAGACAAUACAGGCACCGGUGUUAAAGUAUAA